AUGGACCCCAUUUCGAACGUUGCGAAGAGGAACGUGUUGGCCGAGCAUUUGAGGGAGGUUAUUGAUGCGCUCGAGGAGCGGGAAGAUCAGAUUGCGAGCUUGUACGAUCUGCUCACGUACAAGGAUAAGCCGGAUACGAAAGCUCGGGGCAAACGGCCUGAGUCGCGGGCGACGGGCUCGAGGAAGCACGCUGCAUUCGUCUAG